UGGCGUGUUCUCUCUGUGCAGAUGACUAGUUUGCCUCCCAGGUGAUGCGGCUUAUACUGUGAAUAUUCGAACUGGGGAUGUAGCUCAGUUGGUAGAGCGAUCACUUCGCAUGCGAUAGUGGAUCAUAUGAUGCCUCUCGGACAUGACACUCAAGGCUUUAUAUAUGAACCAAAGGGUCCUGGUCGUCGUUGUGAAUAGCGUUUUGAGCUAUGCUCAGCGGUCGAGCAUUUAUCCAUCCGCUUCACUUCACUCCUCUGGGAGUAAUUUUGUCGCAACACUGACUUUCAAGGUUGGCAGGAGCAACCAGUUCCAGUCUAGAGACUUUACUCUGGACACAAGUGCUCAGCUUCCUGUAUCCAACUGCGCGUCGACCAGCGAAACCUUCAACAUCUCAUUUACUGGCCUUUCAGGCGGCUCGAUUCCUACAAGCCUGGAGCUUCCUGUCCGAAUCUCAUGCAGAAGCCAGAAGAACGCACCCAGCAUUUUGGCACUGGGUUCCAGUACGUCCAGCUUUCCCUUCCAGGCUACUAGCGCCGCAAAGCUUCCUCUCACGUUUGCCUAUUGCCUGGGAGCAAUGCAAGACGGUGGUCGAGGCCAGCUUUCGUUCGGAAGACGGAGCUACUUCCUGUUUAACAACUCGGACGUUCUACAGUCCCGACCUGUUUCCUUCAUCCGGACUCCGCUUUUCGUCAACAACAAUCCUCGUUCCGGCUCGACAACGUAUUUGCUCCGGUUGCAAAGAGUCCAGUUUGGCUCCGUGCCCGUCAAGGCACAGGAGUUUAUCCAGAUUGGAACUACGGCUCGGUUCACAAGCCUUCCAAAUGCAGCAUACGAUCUCGUCCGGCAGCAAGUUGUCCGAGAAGCAGCGCGAAAGAAGAUCAGGAGGGAACCGGCGACUUUCAAGCCGCUGUCACUUUGCUACCGCAUGAGCCCAACGCAGCUCGGCUCGUUCCCCAGCGUUGUCAUGGACUUUGGAAAGAACGCCUUGUGGACGAUCACGCCGGGAAACUACAUGAUUCCAACAGGCAAGAACACCGGCGUGGUGUGCUUCGGCUUUCUCAAGACUGGGGCCGCUCAGGCGGUCAUAGGAACGCUCCAGCAAGAGAACUACUACGUCGAGUACAAUGAGAAGCGAAAAAUGUUUGGAUUCACCGAGCCUCUCAUCGUCAAGCAUGGGCUCGGGUGUGCACAAACUUCCGGAAGCUAAACGAGCUCUCCGGACAAUAGAGCACUGCGUUGAGCCCCUUUAGAGCCUGCGUCUCGAUGGUAGCGUAGCCUCGCACCGAUCUAAAAUCUCCGGUUCCUCCCGUCACAGCGAACUCUCUCACGGUCAGUGCAAGC